AUGGGCAACAGCCUAAGGUGUUGUUUGGCAUGCAUCCUUCCAUUCGGGGCCUUGGACUUGAUUCGGAUAGUGCAUCUAAACGGCUACGUGGAGGAGCUAACGGGUCGGGUCACAGCAGGUGAUGUCCUGAAGAACAACCCGAACCAUGUCCUGACAAAGCCGUGCUCCCAAGGCGGCGUGACCCGGCGGAUCCUGAUCCUGUCCGCCGGAUCCGAGCUCAAACGGGGCUCCAUUUAUUUCUUGAUACCCGAUUCUUCAGUGCCCAGUCGGGUGAAAAGGAAGGGUGCUUCAAAGCCGGAGAUUGUUGCCGGAUCAGAGAAAAAGCAGACGUCUUCACGGCGGCGGAGAGUGGCGGUCGAAGAAUGGCGGCCGCGUUUGGAGAGCAUUUUGGAAGACCCGGCAUGA